AUUUGGGCAUUGGACAACAAUUUAGGCUACAUAAAACUUAUAGCAGCAGUAACAUUCUAUUUAACAUUUCAGAAAAAGUAAGGUGCAUGCUACAUUAAAGUACAUUUAAGGUAAUCCGUCAAAAAAAAUGUCAGUCGCCAACGGUUUUCAAAUGCGUCGUGAAGAAAUGCAUUCUGGGAAACAGCAUGUAAACACCAGCUUGAAAGCAGUCAGACGAGAUAUGAUGACAUUUUAUACUUAAUGCAUUUUUACAGUGGUUUCUUUUUCAUGAAUUUGUCUUUUACUACAAACGAGGGACACUCGACUUUGUGUUUUAUCGGAAUGUGACUCUAGUGUUUUAAAGAAGAGUCAGUACUUCUGCAACUGUCAAUAUGCUAGCAGCUACUUAGCUUGUGAAACAGUUGAAUCCCAUUCAUGCGGUAAUAACUUGUUGUUUCAACGGAUUCGUCCAUUCUCCUUACCUAACGUUACCGGCAACCCAAACGCUCGCCCCUGCAGUGAAGGAUGGGUGUGAAGACCUUCACCCACACUUCCCCCAGCCACAGCCAGGAGCUUCUGGAUAAACUCAACACCCUGCGCAGAGAGGGCCAUUUCUGUGACGUCACCAUUCGCGUACAGGGCCAGCUGUUCCACGCCCAUAAGGUAGUGCUGGCCUGCUGUAGCGACUUUCUCAAAGCUAAGCUCUCUGGGAAGUCAGCAGAGGAUGAGACUGUAAUCGUAGGAGAAGAUAAGCACGUUCUGGACCUCCAGCAUGUGACAGUCGCUGGUUUCGCUCCUCUUCUGGAAUAUGCGUAUACUUCCACCCUGUCCAUCAGCACGGAGAACAUCAUCGAUGUGCUGGCCGCAGCUAGCUACAUGCAGAUGUUCGCAGUGGCCAACACUUGCUCCGAGUUCAUGAAGUCUAGCAUUCUGUGGAACUCAGGAUCGUCAGGAGGAGGAGGAGGGGUGGGAACUGGCAACACCCAACCCCCAAGUUUACACAGGCCCCAAGAGACCCCUGAAGGCCAUGCAAGCUGCACCCUCAUGCCCGUAGAUGCCCUCUCACCGUCCCCCGUCUCCUCAGAGUGCAGCAUACCAGAGCGACCCAUCCCUGUGUGCCGUGAGUCUAGACGCAAGCGGAAAGGCUUCGCCAGCCCGCAACCAGCAUCCUCUACCUCCCCGCAAGUCCCCAACCCCUCUCCCUCCUCUUCCUCUUUCCCAGAGAGUUCAGCACAAGCUCUUGAACCCUCCCUGGCCUUCUCCUGGACGUACCCUUUCGGUGUGGACCGGCGAUUUGCAGCAGGAGAAAAAUCCAAACUACCCGAAGGUCUCCUGGAACCGUCUGGAGCCUCGGGGCAGGACUCUAGUGGGCGGGCGCUGGUGGAGUAUCUCUCCUGCGAGGGCCCGCGAGGCUUGGGUGUGGGCGGUGCAGUGGGCGUAGAGGAAGAAGAUGAGGAUGUGCAGGUGAAGGUUGAGAGGCUGAGUGAUGAAGAGGUGCAUGAAGAAGUUUCUCAACCUGUCAGUGGUCCUCACAGUUCUCUGAGCGACCAGCAGACAGUUCCUGGCAAUGACCAUAACCAAGAAGAUCUACUUAUAAGCCCACAGUCCUCUUCCAUUGGCUCUAUGGAUGAGGGGGUAACUGAGAGCCUCCAGUCUAUGCAGGGCACUCCAAACACUACUGGUCACAUGGAGGAGGAUGAAAGGCUGGAAAAUGUGCAGUAUCCGUACCACCUGUACAUCAGCCCCUCCACCCGCCCAGGACUUAACGGUCCUGAACGGCCCUUCCAGUGCCCAACAUGUGGCGUCCGCUUCACCCGAAUACAGAACCUCAAGCAGCACAUGCUUAUCCACUCCGGUAUUAAGCCAUUCCAGUGCGACCGCUGCGGGAAAAAAUUCACGCGGGCUUACUCUCUGAAGAUGCACCGGCUAAAGCACGAAGGUAAACGCUGUUUCCGGUGCCAGAUCUGUAGCGCCACUUUCACUUCCUUCGGUGAAUAUAAGCACCACAUGAGGGUGUCUCGCCACAUCAUCCGCAAGCCUCGGAUUUACGAGUGCAAAACGUGCGGGGCCAUGUUUACCAACUCCGGCAAUUUAAUCGUACACCUGAGGAGUCUCAACCAUGAGGCGUCAGAACUAGCAAACUACUUCCAGACCAGUGAGUUCCUCCUCCCAGACUACCUGAGCCACAUGCAAGAGGAUGAGGGGCUGGGACACUUUGAGAUGACUGAGCAGACCUUUGAAGCCACUUCCUCCUCUUCUUCAGUCCAAACACCCGUUAUCUCCCAAGUCUCAUCUACUAUAAACUAUGAUAACCACCAUCCUGCCCCUCCACCCCAAACUCCAAACCCCAAAAUAGGGCACGGAGGGGAAGGCGCACCAGGGGACCACCUGAAGUCCACCAAUGCUGUUACAUCUCUGCAAGACCAGGAGGAAGAUGAAGGAGAAAAGGAGAGAGCGGGCAGGAAGUCGAAGAAAACCCUUGUGUCAAUUACUAUUGAGUAAAAAAAUUCUGUGUAAACAUGUAUAAAAACAGUCAAUGUUUUGUGAUCCUGUUGAAAACACUGGGAAUGCAACUCGGUUUUACAUUGUCCAAAACUAUGAUGCAGGUUUUUCAUUUCUUUUUUUUGUCAUUUUAGCAGAUCUUGGGGAAAAAAAAACAUUUCAUUUCAUUUUUUAAAUAUGAUCUCUAUUUGCAGCCCAGUUGCUAAUUGGAAGCACAUUUACAUCAUUAUUUAAAUAUUUAUAAUUUAAUAUGGUUUGAAAUAGCAUGCUUUGUGGCAGUCGGUCAAAUCACAUCAAAUGAUUUCAGAUUUCAUUUUAAAAGCGAAAAGCAGCUGAUAUCCAUAUUAUAAAUAUGAUAAUAAUUGCUAAUUACCUUAACUGCAUUACAUUGGACUCUAAAGUACAAUCUUUUCUUUUAUUGAUUCCCUAUCGUCUCCUACUUAACCUGGAGCCUUAACUAUAGCAAACUGCCCCUUCUAAAUGAAACUAGACAGUUUUAAACCAGGAAGCUGCAACCAUCUAAGAAUUGUCCAAAAAAUGUGAAUGACUGUGUUACUACUUUCAUAUGCAGAAACAAAACAGAUUGCUGUCAAAUAUGAAUACACCUGAACCUGCACAAACAACCGUGAAAACCGUGAUCUUAUGAGCUUAGUUGCUUUGACAUGUGAGGAGUAUGACUUUUUGUUUCUCCCCUACCCCUCCUUUCUGCUGUGUAAUGUAAAAUGCUGCUAAAAUUUGUAAACUGUGCCUCUUGCCCAGCUCUCAGAAACAAAUUCGAUCUAAAGAGCUGUACGUGUUACACCAACAUUCUCUUUUGAUUACGACAUAUGGAAGAAAUGUCAAAUGGGUCACGUUUUAAUAGAGUGGAAGGAAGGUGAUAUUUUCAUAGCCUUUCCGUUUUAUUGCUGUUGGAGAAUGUUUCUCCGUAACUUGAUGCCAUAGAUGUAUGUGCCUAACAAGUCUCCCAACAAAGUUUAUGAAUACCUUGUGAUUAUGGCAUGAGCCUUGAUUGAAGAUGAAGCUGCAACUUUGGAAUAUGUAGCAUUUGUUGUGGUCUGUGGUUUCAAUGCUAAUGCAUAUGACUUGUGUGAACUGCUUCCUUUGUGUGAUAUUGCACAUGGCAAUCGGUCGAUUGCUUAGUUGCAAGAUUUUUUAAAAGUAUAGGGAACAAAGAUUUUUAAUAUGCUUUGUGCAAUAUGGUUAUGGAUGAUUAUCUUGUUACGAAAGUAAAUGUGAAGUAAAACUUUUUAUACCGCAGUGGACAAUGAGCUGAAGGCUGAAGGGUUUAAGGUAGUAGAGAAAUAAGCUUAAAAAACACACAGGAAUCUGAAUUGUUAACGCGUGUGAACAGCAAAAGAAGUAGUAUUGUCUUCACUGCUAUAGCAAAAGGGUGCAAUAUCAUUCUCUGAUAUCAUUUCCCUCGAGAUAGUCUCGCUCAUCUCACGCUUCAUUUUUUGUGACUGUUGCUCAAACUCGGUUACUUCAUAGUCUGAGAGUUUGUAGUGACGCAUUUACCAUAAGACAAUAUUGGCUGCCUGUUCCAGAUCGCUCUGUGUGCUACUUGCAUGUUUUCCCUGUGCAGAAGAAAUAUGGGGAAAAUGAAUAUAGCAUGGGUUCAUUCGUUCGUUGAAUGUUGUUCAAAUAUGUGCUACUACCAUUUUGUAUACAGUAUUCAAUCUUUGGUGUUCAAUUGUUUGAGCAGAAAGAACAGUGAUAUUUCAGUAGUCAUGAUGCUUUUUCAUAUUCUGUAUUGAUUACAGUUACCUUAAAGUGUCAAUUUGUAGAUUUGUAAUAUCCAUGUGAGUGUGAAUAGUUCUUUGACCGUUGUAGUGUUGGCUUUUGUGAUAAUGUCUUGAUAUAUUUAUAGUCUUUUAUUUUUUAUUAAGCUUAGCUUUAGUUGUAUCUUGUGCCUUUGGAUAUUGGAUCUGUAUUGUAUUUUAAUUAGCAAAAACAUGCAUUGAUAUAAAUCCUGAUGUUUUGUAGACAGAAUGCUGGUAGACUUCAAAUGUAGCUCGAAACGUAACAUAUUUUUGAAGUGCUAUUCGACACAUCGUUUAAACUGUACGUUUUGUGUUUAUUUUCAUAAAGACAAAUGUAUUUGUUGUUUUGUAUUUCUUCUGUGGUUCUUAUCAUCAGUUCCUGUGCCAAUUCAGAUUUAUUGAAUGAUGUUUUGUAAAAAUAGUAGAUUUCAGUAAAUUGUUACAGCCUAACAUUCAAAACAAGUUUUGCCUUGAUUUGUUGCUGUAUUUUAAUGCAAAAUUAUCUUUACACAUAUACAGUCGUGGGCAAAGGUAUUUGCAGUGACAUAAAUUUUGUGUUUUACCGCUUCUGUAAUUGUAGAUUUUUCCACAUGUUUCUGUGGUAUACUGGAUAUCUUAAGUUAGCUUAUCUUGAGUUUUAAAUGCGCUUAUUGGUAAAAACAUAAAAUAUGUAAAAAGUUAAUAUUUACAGUGUUUGGCCUUGUCUUACAUAACCUUUAUAAUUCGCUCAGGCAUGCUGGAUAUUAGCUUCUGGGCCAAAUCCUGACUGAUGGCAAUCCUUUCUUGCCUUAUUAGUGAUCACAAUUUUUGGGCUUGACCACAGGUUCUCUUACAUCUGGGGAGUUGCUUGUUUUGCAAUUAUUUAAAAUGCGUCGAUCACUCUGCAUAAUAAUCUUUAAACAAUGUGAAUGAACACCACAACAGCUUAAGCAGAAACUUUAUUAAACACAGCAUUUAUGUCACUGCCAAUACUUUUGGCCACAACUGUACUUUGUCAUGUUCUAUGUGUCAUACCACGUAUAGUGCAAAUAGAGAAAGGAGAACACGACACAUCUGCUAGAUUUUUAUGUCAAAGAGGGCUUUUAUAGUCCAAAACAAGCUCUGGUGUGUAAUAAAAAAACACUAUUGUCAACCGAGACCACAAACACACUAAAGGAAACAAUGCAACGGCAUUAAUUUAGCUUUGGCCUGCUAGAUGAAGGUUAUGUGCGCAUUUGCCGACUCCAAGCACCUGCUUGUGAUUUGGUGUCCUCUCGCUCUGUGAACCUGGAGGGAAAAGAAGGGCGAAAAAUUAGGACAAUCUCUCAAACCGAAUCAUGUCUGAUAAUAAAACAAAUGAUUUUAAUUCACUGUUCCUGACAUACUGUCUUAAAUUAUCUUAUAACAUUGACCUUGUAAUAAAUAGUUUGGACAGCAUGCUCGUCAUGGUAUCUCUAAUUUACUAUUAAGAGAUCAGUGGAUACUGGGCAUAAAUAUAAAGGCAUAUCUGAUGCCACGUGUUUGGCCUUCACCUGUAAUCGUUAGUCAAAUGGAGCUAUAUAACUCAAAAUGAUCAUCUGGUAUCUGCCAAGCAAGAUACUUUUUAGUGACGAUGGAAUGGUUGUUGUUUGAGAGUCCCACAUGCCAAACACAAGCAAAUAGAAAAUGGACUU